CCUUGAUUUUUGUUGUUGUUUCUGUCGGUUUUUAGAUUUCACCUUUGCAUGGUGUGGAAAAAGCGGACGACCACCCAUCAAAUCCAUCCUCCAUCCCUGAGGCUGCAGUGCAGUUUGUGAAAUGAUGCAGACACGCAGUUCGCUGACCUUGCAGGCCACCGAGGCCAAAAGUGCGGCCAAACCGACGCGAAGAAAUUCGGUCGCGGCAAAGCCAAAGUCAGGCAUGCUCGACUCAGUGGAAGGAAAGACAAUGAAGCGCAAGUCUUUGCCGGACAGGCCCGUGAAGGAGAUCGUCGUCAUCAGCGACGAUGAGGAAGACGUGCUUUCGGUCCACUCGCUUGGCUCGGAUUUGGAUUCCGACUUCCCUGUGAGGUGCAAGAAAUGUGAUACAGAAUUCUCACGGAGCAGUUACCUUCAAAUGCAUUUGAAUAUGGUCCACAACGUCGAGCUUCAACUCAUUAGUCCAAUGAAGCUGACCUCGCCAAAAAAGGACGAGCACGAAAAAGAUGAAAUUAUGGUCGAGCCUGAGAAGAAAAGGAAAAGGUUGCUGGACGACUCAAAAAUACAAGUGGCCAAAAAUGACGAUGAGGACUAUUUCAGCUGCUCUUCCUCGUAUGCCAGUGAUAUCUGCUUCAUGGACGUUGACACUGUUGACAGUGAUGGUCAUGUCGAAAGCAUCUUUGGAGGAUAUGAAACCUGCCCUCAUUGUGACGAAACCUUCGACUUGUCCUGCUCCUUGGACAUGACUCACAAGUGCCUGAUGGGAAAAUUGAGUCCCGAACAUCGUGAGAUUGUCAAGAACCAGCCAUUUGUCAACCUCCAAAGACUGAAAGCAAGCAAGAGGCGUCGCACCCAGCCGAAAAAACUUCCUCACUCAUGUCCUCUUUGCGGAAUAAACUUUGCCACAAACAUAGACAUGAAAAUCCACGCCCAGAUGGAGCACAGGGUCGACCCGAACCUGAUGAAGUUUGCCGCAGGGUCUGUGAAAACUCAAGCAAAGCACACGGACCGCAAGUCAAAAAGCGUCAAGAAAACUACUGAUCUCGCUCCAAAAAUUCCCGACACAAAGCUUCCAUGCCAAUCUUGUUCAAAGUCAUUUGCCUCCAAAGCUAAACUGGACCAGCACGUGGUCAAGGUCCACUCAAAGGAGGGCAAGCCGAAGAAAAAGUAUGAUCACAACAAUGACCCUCUUGCCAAAGCUUUGAACAAGAGACUGAGGUUCAGCAAGGGAGAUCCCAAAUCUCGAGUCGGGUCCCUAUUCCAGGUUCUGGGCUUGAAUCUUCAGUUGGAUCCAAGCAAGUGGGUUUAAGACGUAUUUUUCGAGUCAUUUUUUUGUCAAUAUCCCUAUUAUUCCCUCAAUUUGUUUAAUUUUUUAGACAGUUUUAGGUGUUUAUGCAUUUGAAACAAAACUUGGUACAAAGUGAGGAGUAAAAAUUGCAGCAUUUGACUGCUAGAUUGAAUGAUAAAUAUUUUUACACUAAUGUAGAGUAGAUUUGCAAUCAAAACCUUUGAAUGGUGCGCUUUGCGCGAUUGAAUGAUGUCAACUCAUUAAGCUAAGUUUCAUAUGAAGUCUUAUGAUGGAUAUCU